UUUGUUUAAUAUGUGCAAAACAUCAUCAUGACUGGGUGCACAGAAUAUCUCUGGAAGGAUUCUUAUGAACUUGGUAACAGUGGAAGCCUUGGAGAAGGGAACUGGGUGGUUGGGGGAUGGGAUGGAAAUAGGAUACCCCUUGUUCUUUAGAAUUUAAUUCAAAUUUUACAAAAUUGGAAUUUCAUUAAUAGACAAUUACAUAAUUUAAAAAGAUCAAGUCUUGGCAUUCGAGGCCUUUCUCGCCGUGGGCUCACCCCAGCCCUCCCGGCCCUCGAGCCCCCUGACUCCCGUGUGGUCUCUCUUCCUAUCCCAGCAGUGUCUGGUUCAAGAUGGGGUCCCAGGUCUCGAUAAACGUGGGAGCUGUGCACGUGGUGAUCGUGGGCGGGGGCUUCGGCGGGAUCACGGCCGCCAGCAAGCUGCAGGCACUCAGCAUCCCCUUCGUGCUGGUGGAUAUGAAGGACUCCUUCCACCACAACGUGGCAGCCCUUCGGGCCUCCGUGGAGAGUGGGUUUGCCAAAAAGACAUUCAUUUCCUACUCGGUGACCUUCGGGGAGAGCUUCCGGCAGGGCCUGGUGGUUGAGAUAGACCUGAAGAAUCAGAAGGUGCUGCUCGAGGACGGGGAGGCCCUGCCCUUCUCGCAUCUUAUCCUGGCCACGGGUAGCACAGGGCUCUUCCCUGGCAAGUUUAACCAGGUUUCCAGCCAGCAGGUUGCCAUCCAGCUCUACGAGGACAUGGUGAGGCAGGUCCAGCGCGCACAGUCCAUCGUGGUGGUGGGAGGAGGCUCUGCGGGAGUGGAGAUGGCAGCAGAGGUUAAGACAGAUUACCCCGAGAAGGAGGUCACUCUCAUUCACUCCCAAAUGGCCCUUGCCGACAAGGAGCUCCUGCCCUGUGUCCGGCAGGAAGCGAAGGAGAUCCUGCUCCGGAAAGGCGUGCAGCUGCUGCUGAGUGAGCGGGUGAGUAACCUGGAGGCGCUGCCUCUCAAUGAGUGUCGAGAGUGCAUCAAAGUGCAGACGGACAAAGGCACGGAGGUGGCCACCAACCUGGUGAUUGUCUGCAAUGGGAUCAAGAUCAACAGCUCUGCCUACCGCAGCACGUUUGAGGGCCGCCUGGCCAGCAAUGGUGCUCUGAGAGUGAACCAGUAUCUCCAGGUGGAGGGCUACAGCCACAUCUACGCCAUCGGCGACUGCGCUGACGUGAAGGAGCCCAAGAUGGCCUAUCAUGCCAGCCUCCACGCCAAUGUGGCUGUGACCAACAUUCUCAACUCCACGCAGCAGAGGCCUCUCAAGGCCUACACGCCAGGCUCACUGACGUUCCUGCUGGCCCUGGGGAGAAAUGACGGCGUGGGCCAGAUCAGCGGCUUCUACGUGGGGCGCCUCAUGGUUCGGCUGGCCAAGAGCCGGGACCUGUUGAUCUCCACAAGCUGGAAAGCCAUGCGGCAGUCUCCACCCUGACGGGCGGCUGGGCGGGAGAUGAGGUACUGCACUGCCAGGUGAACGAAUGGUUGACAAAUGGCACCUGCCUGACAAGUGCCUGAGGGCAAAAGCGCUUUUUCUGGAGUAAAACGCUAGUGAUUUACUGACCAGAAACACAACAUAUGGAAAACCAAAACCUAGGAGAGAGAGGCACUUGAAAAAGACAUGUCCUAGAGGAUUCUUUCUGGGUUUGGACAGUUGUACUGGCUGAAUGGCUC